CACAAUAUCGGUUGCAACCGUGCAGUCAACAAGUCGAAUUAGAGGAAAUAUAGAACCAACGAUGGCUUUUAAGAUUUUGGUGGUGUGUCUGUUCGUGGUGGCAGUGUCGGGAGACUCUCAGCCGGAGAAGAGAAGUGCCCCCUGGGACUCCCUCCCAGGCUGGAUUCCUCCACCCAGCCCAUCUUGGCAGCCAGCACAAGACCCGAGUUCCGAUGUGGCAGGCGCUGUAGCAGCGGCUAAGGCGGCAGCGCGAGCGGUGAUGGCUGCGCAGGAGCAAGUUGCCGCCGCUAAGCAUGCCGCCCUGGAACAACAGAGCAUCGCUAGUGCCAAGGAAGCCGCUGCUGCCCUGGCCGCUCAUAAAAGCGAGGAGGCGGCCCGUCACGCCCGCGCACACGCACUGGAAGCGGCGCAGGCAGCGGUCCACGCGCAGGCGCAGCUGGCGGGGGCAAAGGCACGCGCCGCGGCCGCGCAGCGCGUCGCCGCCGCGAGGGAAGCCGCCGCUGCACGCGCCAUACAACGCGCAGCACACAACCAAGCAGCCAGGUUGCAGAGUGCUGACGUGGAAGCCUUGAAGCUGUCGGUGCUUCAGAGCUCUGGUGCCGCGGGUGCCGCCGGCGCGGCCCAGCACGCCGCUACCGCCGCCGCCGCAGCUCUGCGCCCGGCUAGCUGGGCCCCCGCCCCCUGGCCGCCCGCACCUUGGGCCCCACGCUGGAACUCUGCCCCUGGACCAUGGGCUUGGUCUUAAAUCGAAUACAACGCCGGGGGAGUUAGUCAAAGUUGCAUUAAAUUAA